AGUUUGCUACAGUACGCUGGAUACUGCACCAAAUAUUGUCUAAAUUGUGGUCUGAUUAACAAUAAAUUCAUUAAAAAAUAAAAUGAAAUUUGCUGGUCCGUUUGUGAGUCCGAGUGGAUUCGGUUACGUUAUCCACUAGGAUGACGAAGGCAUGUGAUACUCUACCUCUGAUUGGCUUACCGUAACCAAUUUCCCACCUCAUGCUUAAAUCUAGCCAAUCAGAGGUAGAGUAGGGCGGGCCAAAAACAAAUUUCCGUACCACUCGGUUUUACAUGAAGAAAUUAUUUUUCCUACACUCCCUGAAUGCAGCAGUAGCAAGUUGUUUCGUACGGUAGCAGCAUCACACCACGGCAUGAAUGGGUGUGUGUUGAGCUCAAUAUAUCCAUUGUCGGGCCUCGUCAAAAAAUUGCGUCCCGGGGAACUUAUACAUGGUAUUUUGAUAACACUGUGAUUAUAUGGCUGCUAUCGGCCAGGAAUCACCCCCUUGAACCAGUUCUCCCAGGGCCUCGAAGCUAAAGUAGCUUAGCAUCAUCUCCUCGACCAUAACGUUAUGCUAACCGACAGAGAUUAGCUUCCUAGCUAGCCGCUAGCAGCUUUAGUCAAUGUUGAGAUAGAUUACCUAAAUGAGAAGAAAAUACGGAAACUCAAUUUUCAACAAAGUAUACCAUGUGUAAGAUAGUUUGUUUAUAUUAAAUAAUCUCAAAAUGGACCUUAAUUUUUACUCUGACCUGUCGGACGGUUGUGCUCAAAAUGUUGAUUCGGAGUUUUUGGACACCCAAUCCUAUGGUGGAUACUCUGGAGAAAAUAAGUUUCCAGAAGGCGGUGACAGUUAUCUCGCAAUCAGUGGAUCAGGACACCCUUUUUUGUCCGCUGAGCAGACAUUCCAUACUCCCAGUCUCGGGGAUGAGGUUUUUGAGAUUCCCCCAAUCUCCCUCGAUCCAGACCCGACUCUGAGCAUCAGUGAUGGAGUGUCCCACUUUGAGCUGACAGAUGGGUCCGACGGUACCGGGGGACCUUCAGGCUCAAGGAGCCUUGUUAGCAACCUGGUGGUGGAGGCCAAUGACCCUUCCUUCGCAUCCACUUUUGUGAACUCGGGCUCUCAAGGACUGGAGCAGCUGAACCUUGGGGCCAUGAGCCAGGCCGGAGGGGGAGCCCUGCUGAGCUCUUCAGCCCUGGAACUGGGGAAUUCCAGCGCUUCUCAUUUCAGCAGUUCAUCACCCAUGACUAUUGAUGUACAACUUGGUGACAUCAGUCAUGGCCUUCUGGGAAGCAGCCAGUUGAGCACAAUUAACCCAUCUGAGCUGGCACUGGGUCUCAGCGGUGAUAACAUUGGGCAUAAUUCAGAGACACCUGAGCAGCCGCUGUCAGCAACACCAUCACCAGCUGGCUCCUUGCAGGAUGAGGACAUGGAUGACUUCAAGAGGAGUGUGUUGAUAGACUCCCCCAUGUGUCUCCCCUCUUCCUCUGCCCUGUCCCACAUGUCCUCCCAUCCAGUUCCUACAUCUUUGUCUCCAGCUACAGCCAGGAGGGGUGGGGGGAAGCCAGCCGCACUGGCUUCAGUGACCGGGGUGCUGGGCGCUAAGAAAGGAAGGAAGAAGAAAGACCCAAAUGAACCCCAGAAGCCUGUUUCAGCAUACGCCUUGUUCUUCAGAGACACUCAGGCAGCCAUUAAAGGCCAGAACCCCAAUGCCUCUUUUGGAGAGGUGUCAAAGAUUGUGGCCUCCAUGUGGGACAGCCUAGCCGAGGAACAGAAACAGGUGUAUAAGAGAAAGACAGAGGCAGCCAAAAAGGAGUAUUUGAAAGCACUGGCGGCUUAUAAAGCCAAUCAGCUGACACAGCCUACCUCUGAGGAGAUGGAGACUGCCCCUUCACCACCUUCACCGGUGGUCAAUGCAACACCUGCAGCUCUUCCACUCACUGGUCAACAGGCCAUCCGCCCAGUAAUCCACAGCAACCAGGAAGAGAACACCAUCACCAACAUUUGUGCCUCCAACAUCAUCCUGGACGUCCCAGAGAUGACCACACGUUCCCGCACGGGGGCAAACAAAGCCUCAGCUCCAGCAGCAGCUUCACCCCAGAGUCAGACCAUCACCAAGAUCAUUAUCCCAAAGCACAUGUUGCAGGCGGGGGGCAAGGUGGUGACUGUGCUGCCUGGAGGGGUCCGUACUUUGCAGCCCACACUGGUAGUUUCGGGUGCCUCUCGUCAGCCACCUCCUCUGCAGCAGAUGCAGAACGCGCCGCCUCCACCACGGCUUCAGCAAAUGGCACCAGCGCCUCCACCCUUACAGGCCAAGCCCCGUGAGGGAAGCACCACACCAGGCGUCCCUGUGUCCAUCACAGCUACACCUCCGCCUCCGCUCCAGAUAAAAAUAGUUCCUGCGUCUUUGCAGGGCAAAGAGGCCCUUCCAAUUAUCGUCCCUAAUACGGUGUCAUCAUCCGAGACCACAUCUGCCCAGUCUGCACCCGUCAUGUCAGUUCAGCUGGUGAAUUCUACAGAUGUGUCAGGCAAUACAGAUGAAGAUGUAGUUACAGAAGUGCUGCAUUCAGAAGAGGAAGAGAUGGAGCUAAAUGGGUCCAGUGAUGCCACUACUAUAAAGAGUGUUUGUGUGAGGACAGGCUGUAACAACCCAGCCGUAGAGAGUGAAGACUGGGACAAAGAAUACUGCAGCAACGAAUGUGUGGCCACUCACUGCAGAGAUAUAUUCAAGGCCUGGUGCUCGAUCAGGAAUCAGGCCAUGGGAAUAGUGAAAUAAAGAACAGCCACUACAGACCACAUCAGCAAAAUACUUGUUUUUCAGUAGGAGCCAGUGGGACGGAUACAGAACUGCUUUACUACAGAGAUGUCAAAAAUGCAUUUCACUGCUGUUUUUUCACUGUAAUGUAUGUGUACUGUUGGUUUGCAGUUGCUCUUCAGGACAGUAAACAAGUAGCAUUGCUGAAUGGCAUCAAAUUAGGACAUUGUUUGCCACACAGACUAUUCUAAGGAAAAAUAGGAUAAUAAUGUAUUGUUGCGUUUGACUUUGGAUGCAGCUUUUAGUCAGGUAUCAAGGGACUUCAAGGCAGCUAGACAAAAGAUAAGCAUGAUAAAGUUGGUCAACACAUUUCUCUCAGAUUUUCUACUACACCUCAUACAGGUCAGUUUAUACUUGUUUACUGUAAAUUGUCUCAUUCUCAAAACACUCUGACAGAGAACAUUUCAACCUCCAUACAGCAGACUGAGACAUGACUGCACAGUGCUCUCUGAUUUGAAAUUUGUGCUCUUGGGUGUUUUUGUGUUUCAUGUCGCUUCAUGACCAAGAGAAACAAUUCCAGUUCUUUUACUGCAAACUACGGCUGAAAUGCAUCUUAGUUUGAGUGGAGCAACAAUUUGUAUUAUUGUAUACCUUGUUUUUGUACUGAGAAUAGUGGCCUUCCAGGUUUGAUACUGCCUUCAUUUUUUUGUGAACAUCCUGUUCAGAUUAUUGUUGUUAAAAAAAGGUUCAACUUUCAUGUUUUCUUAAUAAAAGGGCAAAUUUGCUUGA